UGUUAGGAUAAUAGUUAUUUUACAUAACUAACGUAUAUACAUUAGCAAGGCGGUAAGCCGGUACAAUAUCAGGUCUGCCGGUAAUUUAUCUUCAGAGUCGUCAUCUCCACCACUUCCAGAGUUAAAGAUGGAUGAUGUUGUCACUCAAUGGGACUUCAGCUGUGAUUUAGAAGUAGAUUACAAGUCUGAAGAAAAGGCUUACAUCAUAUAUUCGGCACUGGCUGUUGACAAGGAGCUGCAGCCAGAUAAAGUCAGACGAUUGAUGUCUGUAUCUAAUGGAAAACUUUUAGUGCAUUUUGAAGCAGUUGAAGCUAGAUUUCUUCGUGCAUCUUAUAGUGCAUUUGUGGAUGUGCUUACACUUGCGACAAAAACAAUAGAAGAAUUUGGCAUAGGCAUGGAACCAUAUCAUGUUUAACAUUUGUAAAAUUGGACUUUCUAUUGUACUUGCAUACGUAUUGCAUGUUUCUGCAGAGGCAUCUUGUUUUCAACAUGAAGUGAUAAUUUUGUUAUUGCUAGACUUUGCUUGCA